AAGUGGAAUGUGUUUCAUUCAUUUCAUCGCUGUAGACAGUGUAGUAAUGUAGUAGACAGUGAAGGCUAACUCAUACUCGCUGUAUCUCGGCUGUAGUGACUGUGUGAUGGCGGCAGGAGCAGCAGCUCAUGUGGGAGAUGUGGAGGAGGACGCGUCUCAGCUCAUGUUUCCUAAAGAGUUUGAGAACGCAGAGACCCUGCUGAACUCGGAGGUGCACAUGUUACUGGAGCAUCGCAAGCAGCAGAACGAGAGCGCGGAGGACGAGCAGGAGCUGUCCGAGGUCUUCAUGAAGACCCUCAACUACACGGCCAGAUUCAGCCGCUUCAAGAACAGAGAGACCAUCGCCAGCGUGCGCAGCUUGCUUCUGCAGAAGAAGCUUCAUAAGUUUGAGCUGGCAAGUUUAGCCAAUCUGUGUCCGGAGGCAGCAGAGGAGGCCAAAGCCCUCAUCCCCAGUUUGGAAGGCCGGUUUGAGGACGAGGAGUUACAGCAAAUCCUGGACGACAUUCAGACCAAACGCAGCUUCCAGUACUGAAUACUGCCACCAGUGUUCCCCUCCGUAGUUGAUUAAUGUGCUGUUGUUUUGAAAAAUAAAAGUGUUUUUGAUACAA